UCAACUCAAUUGGGGAGUGGUGUUUUGUUGUUGUUUUAGAGCAUAGUUUCAGUUAUAUAUUAAUUGAAAACCUUAGAUAUUAUGGGGAAAGUUAGUAUUUGGAAUCUUACAUUGCCUGGAUAAACACUAAACAGGUCACCAGUUUUGUGCUAGAGUUUAUGGGCCUCACGGAAACAGUUGGGCUCUGCAGGAAGGCAAAGAAAGACCUACAGAAUUUGUAAAACAUUUUGUGUUGUAGUUGCUCCUGAGUAAUUAGUUGUUUUUUCCUGGUAACCAAGCAAAGCUCAGAUUUUUGGGCAAUGAAUCAUUCUUUCCAGGACACUGGAUCUCGUGACAUUCACGAAGAUGGAAAGCUUUAUGUCGUGGAUUCCAUUAAUGACUUAAACAAACUAAACCUCUAUCCUGCUGGAUCACAGCAUCUGUUCCCUCUUGAAGAGAAAAUCCCAGAUUUUGGCACAGGCUCAGGAAAUGGGAGGCGGAGUCUGUUCUUUAUGGGGCUGCUAAUUGCACUGAUCGUCAGCUUGGCACUGGUUUUCUUCGUGAUAUUUCUAAUAAUUCAAACUGGAAACAAGAUGGAUGAUGUGUCCAGAAGACUAACAGCUGAUGGAAGGGACAUAGAUGACCUAAAGAAAAUCAACAACAUGAUCAUAAAGCAACUCGACCAACUGGACUUGGAGAAGAAUUAGAGAAAUGAUUUUCCAAGGGCAUCAGCAAACACGUGGAGCUCCUCACUUUCCUGGGGUGCACUGGGUCAAGGGCUGAGAAAGGGCAAUGGAUUAUCUGAUCAUUAAAACCAGCCAGGGAUCUGAGCAACUCCUAGGCAAGCUUUAGGACAGCAGCUAGAAAGGGUUGGUUAGGUCUCAGCCUUAUUUUCUGGUAGGGUGCUCCAGCUUUACACCAAACUCCUCUAGUAAGAUAAGUUGUAUAUACAAAGCCGAAUUCCUGGUUUCUGUUGAUUCUCCUGCAUGCUAGCCAACCUCCCUAACCCCAUUAAAACUUUGCAUGAUGGCUAUAAAAUUUGAGCAAAUAAAAAUUUCUUUGGGCCCUAGUUUGCCCACCUGAGAAAUUAAAGGCUUGGGCCCUUUCAUUUCUAAUAUCCCUUUCUGAAUAUUAGCUGUCUAUCUCCCGGCUGUCUUCCUUUUCUUUUGUCUCUUCUCAUGUGGAAAGGUAUAAAGAGAUGUUAGUGAGACAACUGGACAAUAGUGACCUCACAAUUGACAUUCUUUUAUAGCCUGGGCAACUUCUUGUAGUACAAUGGAAGAAACAGCUACCCAGAAGGAAAAGUGGUUUGGGAACAAUGACAAGGAAAAUAUCCCCAAACACCAAAGGAACACUCUUGUUCAACAAAACAGGAACAAGUGAUAAUGGAUAGUUUAAUAAGAAAACUUGGGUGGAAAUGUGCUUGUGCUUAAAUGUUGGGCACUGAGGACAUUGAACAAAAGGACAACAAAGGAAUUGUCAUGUUAGGUUUCUAUUUUUUUUUAAAAGAGUGAGAGAGAGAGAGAAUUUUUUAAUAUUUAUUUUUUAGUUUUCGGCGGACACAACAUCUUUG